AUGUUGGAGGGACACAGUGAUGCAGUUACCGCUGUCAGUAUCGUCAGGCCAAGAAAUAUGGCUGUGCAAAGUGGUGCAGAUUUACUUUUAGCCACUGCUUCAAAAGAUAGGACUUUAAGACUAUGGAAGGACUGUAGAAUUAAUCUAUGGUUGGCAAAUGAGUUUGAUGCAGAAGGUGACCUAGUGUCAAUCAAGAAGAGAAGAAAGGAUACAGAAAAUGAGGACUCUCAAUCAGAGUAUUGUGGUAAAGUCAUCAACUACCUUGAUGUUGGAGGUAAAAGUUCUGCCCUCAUUGCUGUUGGUGGUUCUGACCCUAUCCUUAGGAUAUGGGAUCCUUCCAAACCAGGUACUCUUGCACCUGUAUUUCAGUUCUCAUCGCAUGCAUCCUGGAUAUCAGCUUGCAAGUGGCAUGAUAAGUCAUGGUUUCACUUGGUUUCUGCAUCUUAUGAUGGGAAAGUAAUGUUGUGGGAUCUCAGAACCGUGUGGCCACUGGCCGUCAUUAAUUCACACAAGGAUAAGGUAUUAUGUGUUGACUGGUGGAAAGAUGACUAUGUGAUAAGCGGUGGGGUAGAUUCGAAGCUUUGCAUUUCUUCUGAAAUUUCAGUGCAGUGA